GCGGAGAUUGCCCGGACUGCUAACACAUACGGCAAAGAAGUCAUUUCCUAUUUUUUUUUUCUAGGGCUGAGAAGUAACAGAAGGGAAUAGUUAAUGUCUAUCACUACGUUAAAUAUUGUAAUUUAAUGUAUAUCACUAGAUUGAAUGUAUAGCAUAAUCAUAAUUUGGUUUGGCUUUGACUGAUAGUUGAAGCAUAUUCGGGCACUGAGAAUAGUUUAAUGAGUAUCAUCACUGUGCCAACUUCUGAUGAUAAAAUAUCCCAAAACCUAUUGAAUUGAGGUCAAGGUUUGAAACGAUGCAUUUCUAAUUCAGUUGAGGUAUUUUGGCGGACCUUCUAUCUGCCCUACAGUUGCUGGGGUCUUUUAAUCCUGAUAUAUUCGUCGCUUGCAAGUAUGGAUCUACCUACCGAGAUACCAAACAAAGCACCUAAUUCUCAUGGUCAUGGAUCUCAUGGGCCUCUUAAUGAAAGAAUUCUUACAUCCAUGACCAGAAAAUCAAUUGCUGCACAUCCUUGGCAUGAUCUUGAGAUAGGACCUGGAGCCCCUGCAGUUUUCAACUGUGUGGUUGAAAUCAGCAAGGGUAGUAAGGUGAAAUACGAACUUGACAAGAAAACUGGAAUGAUCAAGGUCGACCGUGUGCUAUACUCAUCAGUUGUGUAUCCACAUAACUAUGGCUUCAUCCCUCGUACUCUCUGCGAGGACAAUGACCCCCUGGAUGUCUUAGUUAUUAUGCAGGAGCCAGUUCUUCCAGGAUGCUUUCUUCGUGCUAAAGCAAUAGGUCUUAUGCCUAUGAUUGAUCAGGGUGAGAAAGAUGACAAGAUAAUUGCAGUGUGUGCUGAUGAUCCCGAGUACAAGGGGUAUACUGAUAUCAAGGACCUGCCACCACAUCGAUUGGCUGAGAUUCGCCGCUUCUUUGAGGACUACAAGAAAAAUGAGAACAAGGAGGUUGCCGUUAAUGAUUUCCUGCCUGCCUCAAAAGCGGUUGACUCUAUCCAGCAGUCAAUGGAUCUCUAUGCGGACUAUAUCGUGGAAAGCUUGAGGCGGUAGUUCACAUUUACCAUAAACAUCACGCUCGUUGGUGCUGUUGGUAGUUUAUCUAUAUCUUGCUUCAUUGUCUUCAAAUCUUCUCAACAUUCCGCUGCAUAUGAACCCGUGGAUUCACAUUUGUGGGCUUGUAUCAUGUUAACGGAUGAAUUGUUCCUUAUAGUUCAUGGUGAUGGUGGCGAAAUCGCUCUCUAUACAUUGACAGUAAUGAAACUUACAAGUUGAAGCUUCUGCCA